AAGGGACUGCCCGGGCCGCCGGGGAGCUGAUGGGCACCUACCUUCGCGGGGGGGUUGCAGCCCUCCCUUGGUCUGGGUGCAGGUGGGACUGUCCCUGGAGCAGCAGGCGGGGAGGAUGGUGGAUGUGCCACUGCGGGAGGGAGAGGGUGCGAGCGCCUCACGGUGCCCAUCACUUCCCGGCUCAGCUCCCUGCCAAAUCUGAAGGCAACAGGCACAAAGGGAGAAGACUGAAAGCGGGACAAGCCAGAGACGAAUCAUUGGAGCUCAACUUCUCUGCUGCUAAGCUGUUCCGUGGACCUGUUCACACGGAAAAUCGGAGGGAGAAUGGUACAUAUGAAGCAAUUCGAGAAAUGAGAACCUAUGCCAUAUUUUUCAACAUAAAUGGCAAACCUUGCAAUAUGAAUGGAAAGCAAAUGAAAUGCAAAGAAGGAAAGACAGAAAAACAGCUGACUCUGUCACUGAAGGCAGAAUAAGGCCACUUGAUGUGUCUGACUCUUUUUUUUAAUAUCACUUCAAUCCAAUUGCUCAAAGAAUGUGAAAUAAUGAACAUAUUAGCAAGUAAUAUAUGUUGAUUGGUGCCCAUCAUAAAAUGAAAAUGGUCAAUUCUUGAUCUGAUUUAACAUCCAUUAAGAAGAGUCAAACUGUUGCUGAAAUAAUAUCGUAUCAAGUAGUGUUUCAGGUUGGCCAUCCCAGAAAUGAAACUGAACCUGUUCAAUAAGAUACAAGAUAGUGUGUUCUUAAAAUCUGUCCAGUAAAUCUUUCUCUCAGGAAAGGUAAGGGGAAAAAAAAAUCACAGUGGAAAUAUAAAUGUAAUGUAACAAGUCAAUCAGAACAUUUCUUCGCAUAACACCUCAUCUGUUCACAAAAGUAAUUUCAUGUUUUUGGGUGAAAUUUCAAAUAACUGCACUCUGAACUUAUCUGCAAUUAAUUUAUCUGAUGGAUUAAUAGAAAAGAAAAAUAUAUUAAGAAAUUAGAAGGCAGGACCACAAAUAUGGAGAAGGCAGCUAAAGAAAUUCAAAUGGAAAACACAAGACAAUCAGAAAAUCCUAGUGCAGCAGAACUGUGCCCUUCAACUGAAGAACAGGCAGAAAAACUCACAAUGUUUUGUCUUAAGAAAAGAAAGAAGUCAUAUAAGAAGACAUUGGAGAUUAAAAGUGUCUGCGAAGAAGACUCUGUAACCUUGAAACAUACAAGCCAAUCCAUCAGUGUAGCCCCUGGAGAAGGGGAAGUUUCCAACCAAUCUCAGUCAUCAAGGGGAGCCUGGGCAACUAUAAAACGUCUAGUGACACCUAAGAGAAGGUCAAAAUCUUCAAGGAAGCAGACACACUCUGAUUCUCAAGUGCAACUGGAGAUAAAUGCCGAGGAUUCUGGCUUGCAAAGUUUUCCAAAGAAUCGAGUUAGUCCUGGGCUUAAAAUUCCUUGUAUAUGGUUCUCAAGAGGCAAGAAAAAACCCAGCCAUUCUGAAAUAACAGAAGAAUCAGAUUACAGUGUUAAAGCAAAUGAACUGAUGGGCAUUUUGAAUAAAGCUAACAGUGAACCAGAGGAUUUGGCAAUAACAGUCAAAUCUAGCAUGGAUCAAUCCUUCAGCCAAGCCUCCGAAAAAAGUGACAGGAACUCACUUAAUUCCACUGGGAAGAAUGCGCUUUUGGUAGAGUCCAGACCAGACACUGAUCAACACAUACAGUGCAUCGUUCAGUCAGAAAUAACAAAUCCAGAGGCAGUUGCUAUAAUGCUCCAGGAAAAGCUACCCCAGAAGAGCCUACAUGAAACUCCUGAACAUACACCUGUAGCAAACCAGGGAGUUGAUCUCAAUACCACUCCUAGUGCUAAUGUUUCUAAGGACCUACCAGAUAGCGUAGCUGAAGCCACAGAGGUACAAGAAACAAAUAACAGCGAUGGCACAGGGCUUGAAUAUAAAGAGUCUGGAAGGAACAUAAAUGGUAGUGAAGACCGUCAAUCCAGAGAGAGAAUAAUGAGUUUCAAUCAGUCGGCAUUUAAAGAUGAUGCAGUAAGCGUGCAGAGCUGUUUAGGUGAACAAUGGAAAUUAGAAGAAAACAAGGACACUGGUGGAGUGAGCAUUGUGAUUACAAUUACUGAAGCAGAUGAUGAGCCUGAUGAAGAGGAGUCAAACCAGGACUGCAAGCUGUCUUCAACUUCAUGUGAACAUAAGCAAAAGGAGAAUAAAAAAAUAAGUGGGAACCUCAAUUUCAGUAAAUUUUCUAAUCGCAAAGAGGGCACAGGAGCAGGCAGUGGCCCCAGGAGGGAGGCUAAAGUCUCUUCUCCUGCUCGGUCACUCGGUGGUGAUCAGGAGCACGGAACUUUAGAACAGUAUGAAUUGCUUCUGAUAGAAACUGCUGCUUCACUCGUUAAGGCAGCGAUUCAGUCAUCUAUGGAACAGCUGGUUAAUGAAAUGGCUUUGGGCCAUAGUAAACAGAACAGUGUUCUGUAAUGACAAGACUGCCUCAAAAUAUAGUAUGACUCAACAGCAGCAAUUUAAAACUGUUUAGCACCAAGAUGAAAGGCCCGAAACAGACUUAACUCCUUAGGUAUUUGGGGUCUGUGUGUAGUGUAUUUCUGCAUGCUGGGUAUGCCAUUGUGUAUCUGUAGAAUGGAUCCAAGAAUAAGGACUCAGUCCUGCAAAGCGUUGACUGGCUCAUGGCAUUGGGAUUUAAAACAUUGUGAUUGUUGAUAGCUGUGGAAAAGGUAAGUUGUUUUAGUGGCUGUAUUUCAAUUUGUGUUUCUUGCCUUUUGGGGGCUCUAUUACAUCACUAUAUAUUUUAGAUUUUCUCCUAUUGUUUACAUUUUAUUUAUUAUACAGUAUCUGUCAAAGGCCCCAGGGGUUACUGAGCACUCUCAACUGUAUUGGGCCUGGUCCUGUACUCGUCGUAAUCAGUUGGAGUUUUGCCAUUGAUUUCAAUGGCAACAAGAUUUGGCCCAUUGACUUCAGUUCAGGUUGAGCAUGUUCAGAACCUUGCAGGAUUGGGUUAAUGUCUCAAGAUGCGCAUACCGUUUUAAAAAAUACUACAAUCUCAGACUGACAUGUCAAUGCUGCUAUUGUAUAAAAUGAGGCAGGUAUAUAGAGGGCAGAUUGUCAUUUAGCCUAUUCCACUGCCCAGAAUGUCUUGUGCAUCUCAGACCGCACUGAAGUCGUGUACUAAGCACAAGUGUAUCUGACCCACCACGGCCAUGGGGUUGCCAAGAAAAUGGUGCCACUUAACUUGCUGAAGGGCCUGCCCUGAUCCAUUCAAGUCAAUGGUAAAACUUUCAGUUACAUCAGUACUGCAGGUUUGGGCGUAGUGAGCAAGUUACUGAUACAGAUGCUCUCCGACUUAUGCAAGCAUUCCGUUCCGGAGCACCUUGCAUAACUUGAAUUUUGCGUAAGUCAGAAUUGUUAUCUCCGACCAUUAUGCGAAAAACCCCAAACCCUCCUAUUUCUAGUUUACGAAACUUUUUCCACAAACUCAGAUUUGCGUACGUCGGGUUUCCAUAAUUCGAGGAGCGUCUGUAUUCUCUUCUCCUGACACCUUCCUUUGUUUUUAUAGCGUUGUAGUGCUGAGGCCAACUCAUUGCGUUAGCACAUUUUUAAUAUGUAAUAUAUAUAGUAAUGAGCUGCUAGAGCUCUAGUGGUGCAGUAUUUCCCCAGGGUUAAAAUAGUUCCUGCAGUUGCAGUGGUCUCCAAUUAGUGUGUUUUAACUUGAGUAUUUUUUGUUUAAUUAUUGCUAAUGCCUUUGACUGUAGCCAGCAUUUUUUUAAUAAGUCGUAGGGUUUUUCCUCCUGCUUCACAGCUCUUCCGAACUUCAGCAAACAAAUCCAUCCCACCUGUGUGUAACUGCAUUAUGCCACUUAAUGUUUCCUUGAAGUUUCAUUUGAAUACACUAUCAUUGCCAUUGUAUUCUGAACUGUAAAAUCAUGACUGGUAUAGAGAAAGACGAAGAAGUGUUGCUUACUCCAUCUCCUAACACAAGAACUAGGGGGUCACCAAAUGAAAUUAAUAGGCAGCAGGUUUAAAACAAAUAAAAGGAAGUAUUUCUUCACACAGCGCACAGUCAACCUGUGGAAUUCCUUGCCAGAGGAUGUUGUGAAGGCCAAGACCAUAACCGGGUUCAAAAAAGACCUAGAUAAAUUCAUGGAGAAUAGGUCCCUCAAUGGCUAUUAGCCAGGAUGGGCAGGGAUGGUGUCCUUAGCCUCUGUUUGCCAGAAGCUAGGAAUGACUCCAGGGGAUGGAUCACUUGAUAAUUACCUGUUCUGUUCAUUCCCUCUGGGGCACCUGGCAUUGGCCACUGUCGGAAGACAGGAUACUGCGCUAGAUGGACCCUUGGUCUGAUGCAAUAGGACCGUUCUUAUGUUCUUAACUGCUGGGUAUUGCUGCUUUGAGCUGGAAUGGCCCAAUCCUGCUCCCAUUGAAGUAACCAGAAAAAACUCAGAUCUGGCCCUUAAACACCUGCCAUAGUUGAAUCCUGAAACAAGUUUGUCAUUGACAGAAAAUAUCAAAUGCUUUGUGUUGAGAGUUUUUGUGUAUAUUGUAUAAUAUAUACAAUAAGUAUGUGUGUAUCAUUUGCCCGGUUCAUUACCAGCUCUUUAAAAAGAAGACUUUUGAUUGUAAUCUGUAAAGAAUGAAUGUGGGUCAUGGGGCUAUGAUUUAUGUGCAGCAGCCAAAUAAACGACGAUAUU